CUCAUCCCCCUCAUCCCGACAGGAUUACUGACACAGGAUCCCCCUGCCCCUGGCAGAAAUAGCAAAGACCCAAGGGCAAUCCACCAGAAUAUGGGAACUUCCGUGGGCCUUGCUUGCAGCCUCAGAAACAGGAUGUUAAUGCUUGAUGGAAUGCCUGCAGUCCGAGUCAAAGCUGAGCCCCUGGAAUCGGAACAAGGGUCACCUAAAGUGCGCCCUUAUUCUGCGAUGGACGGCGUCCCUUUUUUCCUCAGCAGAGUUAAACCUGAACCUCCGGAGGACCUGCUCGCCCACGACCUGCACUUCCACACGCAGACCGAGCCCGUCGACCUGUCGAUCAACAAAUCCCGCCCCUCCUCCUCAUCCAUCCUCCCCACCACCACAAACUUAUCAUCCUCCCCUCUCAGAUCCGCCUUCUCCCCGUCUUCGUUAUCGUCGUCAUCCUCCUCCUCCUCAUCUUCCUCCUCUCCAUCAGUUAUCACCUCAGCCUCAUCGGUGCUCACGCCAGGCCCCCUGAUCGCCCCUGGCGCCGGGGUGAGAGGUCAGCCGUAUUUGCACAUCCUGCACUCUGUGCCGCCUCCUCCAUCCAGCCCUCUGAGCCUGCAGGGAGCAGGGAAGCUGGGCAGCCAUGUUCACCGCAUCCCAGUUGUGGUACAGUCACUGCCCCUCAUGUACACCACUGCCGUUCGAUCGCCCUCCAGCCUCAACAACGCCAUCGUGCUACCUCUACUGGAUGAGGUCAAAAGCAAGAGCAAAGCACACACAGACCCCAAUGGCCUAUCGCCAAGGCAGAUCAAAAGUGACAGCGAUGACGACGACCUGCCAAACGUGACCUUGGACAGUGUUAAUGAGACCGGCUCCACUGCACUGUCUAUAGCCCGCGCUGUACAAGAUUCCAUUUCCCCGUUCAGUAUUGACAGCAUACGGCGUCCUCGGAGGUCAGAGUCUCCAGAUUCCAAAAAGAGGAGAAUCCACAGAUGUGACUUUGAGGGCUGCAAUAAGGUGUACACCAAAAGCUCCCAUUUAAAAGCACACAGAAGGACGCAUACAGGGGAAAAGCCAUACAAAUGCACCUGGGACGGUUGCACGUGGAAGUUCGCCCGCUCUGAUGAGCUGACGAGGCAUUACAGAAAACACACGGGGGUCAAACCCUUCAAGUGCGCAGACUGUGACCGCAGCUUCUCCAGAUCUGACCACUUGGCUCUGCACCGACGGAGACAUAUGCUGGUGUGAAUCAGACGGAGAGAGAUAAAGAGAGAGAGAGAGAGAAAAAGCGAGGGAGAGAUCAAUGCAUACAAACACACAAACACACACAUAGGCAGCCGGGGGAGCGGGAUCUCCCUGUGAAUGUCUUUCAGCUGGCCUGGAUGAACACACAGACACACACACCACACACAGACACACACACACACACACACACACACACACACUUACACAUUGACAAACACACACACACACACACUCUCAUCCGUCAGAGGGCGAGGAGACGUCGAGGUGCACGGAGCUUGCGGAGCAAAACACAGGGUCACGUCUGGAUCUUCUUGGGGUUGGAAGGAGCAGACGGCAGGAUCUUUUAUCGGAGUCUAAUAGGGAACUGUCUUUUACAGCACUGUUCAUAAAUGUUUCACUUUGAUUUUUAAAACAAACUCUUCAUUUGGACAAAAAAAAUAUAUAUAAUGCAAUCGCAACCCUUUUUUUUUUUUUCGCUUUCUUUCUUUUCACUAUAUUGUUCCAGUUGCUGCUUUUCCAGCAUUUCAUAAUGUGAAAGACACCAUUGAAUGGAAUGGAUUUUAGAGUUUCAGGCCUGGACUGGAUCGCAGGGACCUUGUUGGAGUUAAAGGCAGUAUUGCUUUCCACCGGAGUCUGAUUUACAAACAGCAGGGGGCGCCAUGUAACCGCGGAUUGGCCUCCUUUGCCUGCUGGAGUCUGCUGUUUGGUUCUCGCAUAGAUGCUAAAAGUGGGCUGGACUUUCACCUUCCCUACAGCCAGCAAACAGUCGACACCAUCCCAAGCCGGAAGGAUCAACCUCACCAACACCUCCACUGAGUCAUCCGUUUAUUAUGAACGAUUACAAAAAAUGGACAUGCACAUCAUGGCACCAGCAGAGAAGCACAUCAUUUAUCACGAGACUGCCCAAACGACAUCAGUGCUAUUCUUUCUACGUCGAGCCUCUUGAAAUCUUUGGUUGAUUUUGUGCUGUGAUUAGCAAUCAGUAAAGUGCAAUCUUAAAGGAUGAAUAUACUUUCAGUAUGACAACGUUUUGUUUAUUGAAUCUUGUUUUUGUUUUUUCAAAUGCCUGCUUAUUGCUUAUGUUUGACUCGGAAUGAAAAAGAAAAAAAAACCAACCCCUCAUGUACAGUGAACUUUGAAACAAUCAGAGGAGAUUUUCAGUGAAAAAAAAAAGACAGAGGCACCUUACAGACUCAUGCGUUCAUCCUGUCCCGAUCUAUCGUGUUGUUAUUAUUCAGCUCUGUUUUCUCAGCUGGGUUCGACAGUGAAAGGAAUUUGUGGUGGUGGGGUUUUUUUUUUUUUGCACAGCAGCACUUGACCAUAAGCUGAUGUUGACACCGGCUGCAGUGUUACAGGGAUAGCGUGGUACCUGACGUACAAACACAGAAGAGCAAUACACUCUGAACAAAGUGAUGGGAAGGAGCAGCCGCUUCCUCUCUGUUAUGUUUGCUGAUGAUGUCAAUAUCCGAGGAGAAGUUUCUUGCCGGGCCAGCUCCUCAUU